CAUUUAAAUCGCUCAGCCAGGUAGAAUACCUUUCGGCUACCUACUUGAAAUCACCGAUCGGUGGUAUAAAAAUCAAACAUUUUGGAAAACUGCCUCAGUACUGAAAUCUCUGCCACGAUGAAACCACUGAUUGCUCUGUUUGCGCUGGUGACCGCUGUUGUGGCUCAGAAUGGCUUCGGCCAAGGUGGACAAGGAUCAUUUGGAGGACAAGGAGUACUUGGAGGAUCAGGAUACGGAGGACUCAGUGGACAAGCAGGCUUUGGCGGUCAAAUAGGAUUCAACGGUCAAGGUGGAGUUGGUGGCCAGCUGGGAAUUGCUCAGGGAGGAGUACACCCGGGUCAAGGAGGAUUCGCUGCUCAAGGCGUACCAAAUCAGUACCAGCCUGGUUACGGAAGUCCACCUGCUCCCGGAAGUCCUGUGGGAUCUGGCCAUUUCCAUGGAGGUAAUCCCAGUGAGUCUGGCUAUCCUCACGGAAACCAUCAUGAAUAUCCGCAACAUCAUGGCGAGCAUCACCGAGAACAUCAUGAGCACCACGGACACCACGAGCAUCACGGUCACCAUAGGCACUAG